AUGGAUUAUGCCCAGAAAGAACUAUCACAUACGAAGUUCGCUUCAAUUAUUCCGGGAGGUGAUAACUUUCAAGGAGCACAUGCCGAGAUUAAUAUUUGGAAACCAUUGACUGAACAACCCUACGAAUUUAGUGCAUCUCAAAUUUGGAUUUCACAUGACAACGGCCAAGAAGUUAUUGAAGCAGGAUCACAAGAAGAUUCAACUGCAAACUGGUGGUUACUAUUUCAAAAUACUCUUAUUGGAUAUUGGCCGAAUUUUAUCUUCAAGCAAUUAUCGGUAAAAGCAACAAAAAUAGCUUUUGGUGGACAAGUUUCAAACACACAACCUAAUGGAAGACAUACUAAUACUCAAAUGGGAAGUGGUCAUAUGCCCGUGGAAGGAGGUUUUGCAAUAUCAAGUUUCUUCCAUGAAGUUCAAGUGCUUGAUGGAAAUCGUGAAAGCAUAACCCCUAAUACAGUUUCCGUGGUUAGAACAAAACCAGGGUGCUAUGAUUUGAAACUUGACAAGAAGGAUUCGAGUGGUAUCAAAUUCUACUAUGGAGGCCUUGGUUUUUCCGAUACUUGUAAAUGA